AUGGUGAGUGGACAACCCCAACUAUUGCUAACCCUGAGUAGAAGGGUCCCUGGGAGCAGAAGGUUUGUGGAAUUUCUUUUAUCAGAAGAAAAAAUUAAGAAUCCUAACUACAAGGGAAAAUGGAAGGCACCCUUGAUUGACAACCCAGAUUUCAAGGAUGACCCAGAUCUCUAUGUUUUCCCUAAGUUGAGCCAUCAAAUACUGCAAGCUGUCAACACAAUACACGAAGAACGUAUUGUACAUUCAGACUUAAAGCCAGCUAAUUUUCUUCUUGUUAAAGGUUCACUGAAACUAAUUGACUUUGGUAUUUCUAAAGCUAUCAUGAGCGAUACAACAAACAUUCAACGGGAUUCACAGAUGGGUACAUUAAGUUACAUGUAUAAAGUGUGCAAUGAGACAGAUGCAAAGGGAAACAUAAUAAAGUGUGGGCGUCCAUCAGACAUCUGGUCACUUGGUUGCAUCCUUUACCAAAUGGUGUAUGGAAGAACCCCAUUUUCAGAAUCAAAGACAUUCUGGGCCAAGUUCAAAGUUAUAACAGAUCCAAACCACAAAAUCAUAUUCGAAUCUGUUUCGAAUCCAUGGCUUCUCGACAUUAUGAAGACAUGUUUGGCAUGGGACAGAAAUGACAGGUGGAUAAUACCACAGAUUCUUAAACAUCCUUUUCUAGUCCCUCCUACACAUAACAACAACACAAAAUUGCUUCAAUCGAUCUCAGAAUCAUGUGGAAAUAAUCCAAGGGUGGUGAAAUCGGGAACCCUCUUUGAUAAUGUCUUGGUGUGCGACGAUCCUGAAUAUGCAAAGAAAUUGGUGGAAGAAACAUGGAGCAAACAUAAAGAGGUAUGA